AUCCUCACUGCCACAAACAUACAGGAUAAUGCAUUAUGAACCAGGGGCGGACUGACAACUCAUGGGGCCCCCGGGUAAUAGGGGAUCAUGAGGCUCCUGUGUCCUUGCCCAAACUCAAAAUAGCCUAUGAAAAAGGUACCAGGGGCAUCUCAUGGGGCCCCCUACUGACCCCGGGCCCUCAGGCAGUGCCCGAGUUUCCAAAUGGUCAGUCCACCCCUGUGCAGAACUAU